AUGCUGGACCACUCCUUCUCUCGCCUCGCAGUGGUAGGAGUAGUCCUCUUGAUUGCCUUCCUCGCAUACGCGUCCCAAUACUUUCUCCUAUAUUCCCACCUCUCCGAGCCCGAAUACGUCCUUUUCAACAUCUGCGUAGCCUGCAUCUGGAUAACCUACGCCCGCAGCAUCCUCACUUCCCCAGGCAGUCCUCCUGUAACAUGGACGCCCGUAGACAUCGACCUCGACAACGCCGACGCCGAGGACGGUAGCGCCAGGGAGGAAACUCGAAGCCUGGUAUCCCGCGGCGCGAAGUGGUGCCGAAAGUGCAAUGCUUACAAGCCUCCGCGGUGCCACCAUUGCAAGACUUGCGGUGUGUGCGUGGUUCGUAUGGAUCAUCAUUGCCCUUGGACGAAUAAUUGUGUCGGCUGGAGGAAUUUCCCGCACUUUUUGAAGUUUUUGGGGUAUUCUGCUUUUACUUGCUGUUGGUUGUUCUGUCUGUUGGUUGAGAGGGGAUGGGAGGUUUGGGUUCGGAGGGAUUUGCCUAGUUAUAUGUCGCCGCAUACAUUCCUGGAAUUGUGUCUUUUGGCGGUGCUACUGGUUACAGAUUUGCUCGUUGCGUUUUCACUCUCGCUUCUGUUCAUUCGAACAUUGUGGUCGACGGGGGAAGGGUAUACUACUAUCGAGACGUGGGAACAGGAUCGGCAUAAUGCCCUCGUUCGACAGAAGCGCGUUCGUCGACAGCAAUUCCCCUACGAUAUCGGUACCUGGGAUAACCUCUGCUCGGCAUUUUGCGGUAGCUCCAACAUCAUGGGAUGGUUCUGGCCGCUUUCUCGAACGAAGGAGGUUGGGGUGGAAAUCAAAGGGAGCGAUGGACUAAAGCUCAAGGGCGGAUUGGAAUGGGAACUGAAUGGCUACGAAGUUGUGGGUGCUACAUGGCCGCCCUUGGAUCCAGACAAGGGGGUCUGGAUGGGCGCCAAUGCCCCGAUGCCAGCAGCGGUGAACGAUGGCGGUGAUUGGGCGGAGGGCGUCAGGAGACGACAGAAAGAAGAUAUGGAACGAAGGGAAGGAAUUAGUAGACCACAGGACGCUAUAGUGACUUCGGCGAUUAGUAACGGCAGUAGUAAAGUAAUAGCCCCAAAAUGGAUGAACGAGGAGGGCGAGACGUUAGCGGAUUACGGGGUCGACGAUGACGAUGAGGACGUACCACUGGCAGAACUGAUGAGGAAAAGGGCUGGGUGGGGGAAGAGUAACACGGAUUAA